CCGGAAGUUUUUUUUUCUUGCUAAUGUUCGAAAAUGUAACAUUAGCUUCAGUCCUCGUCAGAUUCACCGUCCAGCUGUCAAUUAAACCAACCAACAUGGACAGUUAUGUGUUGUUCAAAGGAACAAAACGGCUGACUCUAAAGGAAGAAGACAUGACGACCGAAAAGAUAAGCAGAAUCUUCCAGGUUCAUUGCACCAGUCUGCAUAUUACUGAUGACAGCAAUGUAGCCAUUUUUCCUGGUAAUGACGGACGCUUCAGUACAUUGGAGGAGUCAUCAAGCAUGCCUGCAUCCUACAACCCCACUCGCUUCUCCUUCCACCGACCACAGAGUGCUGCUGGAGCUUCCACGUCGUCUGCAAGACCAUCUCCUAGAGUGACUGUUGCAAAAACAUGCCAAAGAAUGGUUUGGAAGCAAAAUGCAAGGAAAGUCUUGGCUGUGAGAGAGGAAGACUUCUUGCAGUUACAAUUCAUCUGUGGAAGUUACUGCACAAGUUUGGAUUACUGUGUGGAAUGUGCCGUCGCUAUGGCUACUCAACUCCGUCUCCUAUCCCAGCCUGGGCGGGACUGCGGGAGGGCCGCCGAAUCGUUCCAGGGUCACUGCAACCCUCCAACCCUCAAUGCUCCUCCCCCUGUUCAGACUGAGGUGACAUGCGCUGCUUGCAGUGGCUGCAGAAACCGAAGUGUGGAUAGUCCCAAACCCACCACCCCACCUAGUGGACACUUAUGCUGUGUGAUGUCUGAAGUCUGUUGCAUAUCUGUCUGAGUUGUUUUUUUUUUUUUGCAGAGCAAAGCUGCCCUCCCGGUGGAGGGUAACUCUGAAGUGCAUUUUUUCCCCCUCCUCCUGAACCAGUCCUCAUGUAACUCUCUGAUCUCUAUUAAGGUAGCGCGAUUCAGGGUUGCGAAUGACCACAGUCACCAAUGUGUCUUGCCUAUGUAUGUAUGUCUGAUCUCUGAAUUGUGUACUGAAACUCUAAUUUCCCUCUGGGAUUAAUAAAGUAUUAUUGAAUUGAAUUGAA